CUGAUUUUAUAAAUAAACAAAUAAAUAGUAGCUACAGUACCAACGGUCCCAAGGGAUAUGGCAUUAUUGAAGAAAAGAAUAAUGCUGAGAACGUGACCAGCAAGAGGGAUUAAUUAUAAUGUAUAGCAUUCUUUCUAAGACCCUACAAACCUAACAUAGAGAGACACAAACUCACUAGAAAAAUAUUCACACCCAGAAAAUAAAUAAAUAAAAUAAAUAACCUUCCAAAAGCUGACGGCGUUUGCUUCCAUAUAAGGAAAGUUAAAGAUUCAUUCUUAGGAAUCGAUAUUGUUUUUUUAUACUCACAACACCAACAUGCACCAAAGAGAAAGAAAAAAAAAAAAGCUGACCAAAAGAAUUGUAUGUUGCUUCUAGCUGAAACAAUGGAUUGGGAUAACAUUACCUCUUCAAGCAACCACUCUUGAUGCUACAAUAGCCACUUCAUAGCAAAGUUUUAGAAGAACCUUGGAGUGAGACAAAGCAAAACAAGAAACAGAGUUAGAGUUAGAGCUAGAGAGAGAGCUUCAAUGGAGAAAGUGGUUGUGGAAAACCUUUGGAAUGGUGACAGAGAUGCACAAAUUCAAGCAGCUAUGGAGCUAAGCAGAUUUAGUAGUAAGCAAAGGCACAAGUUGGGAGAAAGUGGAGUCUUGGUUCCUCUGGUUUCCAUGCUUCAUUCUGAAGACUAUGAAGCCAUUGAAGCUUCUCUCUGUGCUCUACUCAGUCUUGCAUUCGGCAGCGAACGAAACAAGAGAAGGAUCAUCAAGUGUGGAGCUUUGCCAGUUCUGCUGAAUCACCUUCACUCUCAAAGCCAAACAGUGGUGCAAUUGACAGUAGCAGCCAUGCUAACCCUCUCAUCCUGCAAGGCAAAUAAGGUUGCAAUUGCUUCAUCCGGUGCUCUACAACACUUGGCUGAAUUUGUAAAUAGCGGUGACAUUCAGUUACAGCUUGAUGUUGUGGCCACAAUCCACAACCUCUCAACCUGCGAAGAGAUUGUUCCAUUAAUCAUUGCUUCUGGCAUUAUACUUUCAUUGCUUGAACUGGUCCACAACUCUGUGAAAUCAUCUCCGCUGGGUGAAAAGGCGAUUGGUUUGCUCGAAAAUAUUGUCUCUUCAUCGGAGAGUGCACUUUGUGAGGCUGCUAGUGUUGGUGGGGCAAUUCGGAUACUGGUCGAGACUAUUAAAUACAGAGGUUUGAUUCUGAGAGAGGGAGUGAUGCCAGGACUGCUUCAGUUAAGCAUAGAUGGAACGCGGAGAGCCAAGAACAUGGCUCGAGAACUGUUGUUGCUUCUGAGAGAUUACUCCGAUUAUAGUUCAAGACAAAAACAAAUGAAUCAUGAGCUCAUAGAGCGGAUCAUGGAAGAAAUUGAUGCAGAUGGAGAGAAAUUGGCUGAUGCUAAGCUGCGGUUAGUGGAGGAGAUGAUUGCAAAGCUGAACACAUAAUCUUUUGAGUAAAUAGGAACGGGCAUAAGG